UCAGAGAAGGGCAGCCAGUCUCUUGAUUAUGUUUUAAGCAAGUGGGUCUGAAGAAAGAGGCCGAGUUACUUUAAGGAGAGCGACGACACGACAGCGCAUUUCCUACCAACUUCUGACUGUUGGGCUCGGGAGAGGUGACUUCUUACAUGUCAAGACGUAGAACUUUAUCCUGAUUUUUUUUUCGUCUUAUUUCUUUUUCCUUUCGUGUUUGUCGUCUUCCACAGGAAGAGCCGCGGUUAGGAUCGACUCCAUUAGCCAUGCUAGCUGCUACCUGUAAUAAGAUCGGAAGUCCCAGCCCUUCGCCAUCCUCGAUUUCGGAUACUUCUUCGUCUUUUGGGAAAGGGUUUCAUCCCUGGAAGCGAUCCGCCGCCAGCAGCUGCAACCUGGGAUCCAGCCUGUCCGGCUUUGGAGUCGCCGGCUCGUCCAGGAACGGAGCCGGGCUGCCCGACUCCUUCGGCACCAACAGCUCCACGGGAUCCAGUGCCUUUUCCUUGACUUCCAGCACCGCGUCCAACUCGCCCUUCGGGAAUGACUACUCCGUGUUCCAGGCGUCGGUGUCGAACAGCUCGCAGGACCCGAGCCACCAGCCGGUGUUUAUUUCCAAGGUCCACACGUCCGUGGACAGCCUGCAGGGCAUAUACCCCCGCAUGAGCGUGGCGCACCCCUACGAGUCCUGGUUCAAGCCGCCCCACGCGGGCCUGCCCGCGGGGGACGUGGGGUCCACGGGCGCUUCCGCCUGGUGGGACGUGGGGGCCGGGUGGAUCGAUGUCCAGAACCCCAACGGGGCGGCGCUGCAGAGCCCCUUGCACUCGGGCGGGCUGCACUCGCCCCUGGGAGGCUACAACUCCGAUUACUCCGGCUUGAGCCACUCGGCGUUCAGCACCGGCGCCUCCCCGCACCUCCUGGCGACGGGUCAGCACCUGAUGGACGGAUUUAAGCCCGUUUUGCCGGCCUCCUACCCGGAGUCCAGCCCGUCUCCGCUAGCGGGGGCCGGCGGCACCAUGCUGUCCGGCGCUCCCUCGGCCGCGCUGGCCGGCUCCCCGCGGUCGUCGGCCCGCCGGUACUCGGGCAGGGCCACCUGCGACUGCCCGAACUGCCAGGAGGCGGAGAGGCUGGGGCCGGCCGGGGCCAGCCUGAGGAGGAAGGGGCUGCACAGCUGCCACAUCCCGGGCUGCGGCAAGGUGUACGGCAAAACGUCGCACCUCAAGGCGCACCUGAGGUGGCACACAGGGGAGAGACCUUUCGUGUGUAACUGGCUGUUCUGUGGGAAAAGGUUCACCCGGUCGGACGAGCUGCAGCGGCACUUGCGCACGCACACCGGGGAAAAGAGGUUCGCCUGCCCGGUCUGCAACAAGCGCUUCAUGCGCAGCGACCACCUCAGCAAGCACGUUAAAACGCACAGCGCCGGAGGCGGCGGCUCCGCCGGCUCGGGGUCCGGCGGCGGCGGGGGCAAAAAGGGCAGCGAUACCGACAGCGAGCACAGUACCCCCGGCAGCCCCCCGUGCCAGUCCCCGGACUUACUGCAGCCUCCGGAACCCGUCCCAGCGCCCGGCAUGAACGGGCACAAUAACUCUAUUGAAUGAGGGAAGGAUCAGGACAACCCCCUCCAGAGACAGGUCGUCAACUUGUACACAUGACUAGAAAAGUAAAUGUAUUUUCGGACAGCUUCGUGUAUCUGAGAACCUCGCCACCGAUUGCUAGAGAAGUCCCAGAAAUGAACUCGAGUCACAUCAAAAGACGCUUUGAAAAGUGAUUAUGUGGGUAGGUAAGGACAGCUUCGAUCGUUAUUAUCUAAACUAUAUUUCGACUGCACGCCAGUUUCUUCCAAAUACUGAAGGGAAAGCCAUUUUGACCUGUUGUUUUGAACAAGUUUAAGCUUUCAAAAAAAAAAAUCAACGUUUAGAAUAAAUUAUAUAUAAUUUAUAAUCAAAAUUAUUUUAAAGAGAAGGGGCUUCACCCGUGGUCCAGAGACAGAGCGAUCACCUUUUAAUUUAGAAACCACAACAAGCCGUACCACCUUCGCGCACAUCCCGGUUUCCGAAAUCAGCUCUUUGGGGAACUGUACUGUUGUCAGUACAAGCCGUAGCAAUGUCACGAAAACAAACAAACAAACAAACAAUAGUGUCCUUAUCUACCUUUCGCUUCAUCUGUAGCAUAAGUGAUCCAUAUUUGUUUUGAGGAACCUGUGUAAGACGUACUAUACAUGUACUUUUCCCAAAUUGGGCGCCUUUUUUAUUCCACUUUGUGUUAAAGCCCUGCCACGUUUUCUUCAGAGCUGUAACCAUAGUGAACGUACAUGAACUGCAAAACACUGUAAAACUGGGAAAAAUGUGAUAGAUUAGCAUAUUAUACAAACACCAGUGUAAAGGUGUUAAAUGUAUUUGUCCAGGAGACGAGUUUUGUAUAUUAUUUUCUUGUAAAUUGCCUCGAGUAAAUAUCUGAAAAUAUAUUGGAGUAAAUUUUCAAGUUUGUCAAGAAAAAAGAAAUAUAUAAAAACUUUGCUGUGGCAGUUCUGUUUAUCCACAAGUCGGACUUGUGUCUUGAGGUCUAUUAAAAUGCACUUCGAGUUUUUCUUUAGGUUUUGAAGAAAAAUCAGAGAAGCAAAAUGUCUUUGAUCAAUGUUGAAUCAUAUUUUUAUUUAGCAGAGCAUGUACCUACUUACUUGAAUAUGCCGACCGGUUCAGCAGUCUCAGUUCGCUUCUAUUCCGCAACAGACUGGCUUUUUAACGUGAGGCCUCGUAAUAAAGUCAGAAUGGU